AUGCAUGGACGAUCAUGGUUUGCGGGGAGAGGUGUCCGUCCGGUCCACGAGUCGGCAGAGAUGAUCAUUGUGUGGAUUGUCAAAAAUAAAAUAAAAUAUGGGACAAGGAUGGAUCGAAGAUCGAGUUGGAAAGGAAAGUGCAGAAAUUGUGUGACCGUACUUGAAGUACAGUGGGAGCAGCUCUACCAGUACGUCGAUCGGAAGCGUGGGGAAUAUAUCGUCGAUCUUCUCGUCUUUGUGGAGGGGAGGACUGUUAUAUACAUCACGGGACCGUGGGAUGUAGCCCCAGUGGAGUGGGCUUGGGAUCGGAUCGGAGGGGAGGAGGGAAAGAAGUGCACAUGUUUAGUACCCGUUAUCACCGCGUACUCCCACCAACCAACAGGAACGCACUAUUCCAUUCCGGUGCUAAGAGCGGACGUACAACUGAAUCUCGCCCGAACGUUUGCGCACACAGUAAAUGCGCUGAAGUAG